AUGGCUGCUUCUGGGGGUCCCGUGCAGGAUCUCUGCGAGGAAGCCACUUGCCCCAUCUGCCUGGAGUAUUUCAGGGAUCCAGUGAUCAUCCCGGAGUGCGGGCACAACUUCUGCCGAUCCUGCCUGAUCCAGUCCUGGGAGAAGUCCGAGGGAGAGGCUUCCUGCCCUCAGUGCAGGGAUAGGGUGGAGCAAAGCAGCAUCAGGAGAAACCAGCAGCUGGCAAAUGUUGUGGAAAUAGCCAAGAAAUUCAGCCAUCUGGGGGGGAAAGAGGAGGCAGAAGGAAAGGGGAAGAUCUGUGAGAAGCACCAGGAGCCCCUGAAGCUCUUCUGCCAGGAGGAACAAAGCCCCAUCUGUGUCUUGUGUAAUGUAUCUAAGGAGCACAAGGGCCACGAGGUGAUUCCUCUGGAGGAGGCGUCCCAGGAGUACAAGGUGGGAAAAGGCAGUGGGUCUUUCUUGGGGGUGGAAGAGCUGCAGACAAGAGGGGCUUGCAAAAAAAUAAAUAAACCUUGUAAUGUAUUCUCUCCACUUGCGGCCCCAAAGGAGUUAUAGAGCAAGAAUCUUUUGCAGCCUGAUAAGACUUAACUUCUGAAACUAUAAAUAAUAAAUAUUUAUUUUUCUAUUUGAGGGAUUUCAAGUGUGCCCAAUGACCCCCUGAAUGCAGGCUGCAGUAACUCCCCUGGGAUGAAAGAUUACAACAUCUAGGAUUAAUUUAAUAAAAAGGAGGGGAGACAUGUUGGAGGUGUGUUCAGUGUGGGGGACAAAUAGCAAAACCCCCAUGUUUCUCAGCUCUGAUAUAGGGCAGCCCCAUUUCUUCCUCAUCUGGGAUGAAAAAGGGGAACCUCUGCAAAAGACCCAGGGAUGUGGGGCAGGGAGCAAACAUACGGUUCAGCUUGCCUGUUAAUGUGUAACGCAGCCCAACUUGGAUUUUGUUUUCUUUUCAGGAUCAGAUCAGCAGCUGCCUAGACAAUGUGAGGAAGGAGAGAGAGAAAAUUCUAGUAUUUAAAGCAAACACAGAAAAGGAAAGCGAAGACCUGCUUGUAAGCACCAUUGUUACUACUUUAAGGAGAAAAAAUGCUACAGUCUAGAAUCAAUAUGGGGGGGGGGAAUAUGGAAUACAGAGAGAGGUUUCUUUUUGAACAGCCUUAUGUCUCACAGAACAUGAAAGACCAUUUAAAAAGGGGGGGUGGGCUUGUGUUUAUGAAGCUCUUUCCCUGCUGAAUAUUGGUGUAAUCACUCUAAAAUGUCAGGCAUGCCCUUCCAGGGGAAUUUGGAUAAGUCAUGGGUAGGCAAACUAAGGCUCAUGGGCCGGAUUAGGCCCCAAUCACCUUCUAAAUCCGGCCCGUGGAUGGUCUGGGAAUCAGUUUGUUUUUACAUGAGUAGAAUGUGUGCUUUUAUUUAAAAUGCAUCUCUGGGUUAUUUGUGGGGCAUAGGAAUUCCUUCAUAUAUAUUUUUUAGUCCAGCCCCCCACAAGGUCUGACGGACAGUGGACCAGCCCCCUGCUGAAAAAGUUUGCUGACCCCUGGCCCUCUUCAUCCUUCAAGAGCAGACUAGAUGCCUGAUAUUGGCCCACUGUUCUCUUCUUUCAACCUCUUUGCUGCAGAAACAAACAGAUGCAGAGAGGGAAAAGAUGGUGGUUGAGUUCAGGCAACUGCACCAGUUUCUGGAAGAACAAGAGAAACAUAUCUUGGCCCAGAUGGCAGAAGUGGAGAAGGAGAUUGCAGCCCAAAGGGAGGAGCACCUGGCCAGACUCUCCAGGGAACUCUCCUCUCUUGACAGCCUCAUCCGGGAGAUGGAGGAGAAGCUUCAGGAACCAGCGAGUGAACUCCUGCAGGUGAGGCCUCAUCCUGAUGUGAGAGGGUGGAGUGUGCUGCUUCAAACUACAGGCAGGAGGAUAACAUGUCUUAGCCCCCAUCCUAAAAAAAAGCUGCUGCAAAGAAAACAAUUGGUACAUGAAGGGUGAAAGGCCUGGGGUCACAAAAGGGUGCUGCUAGAUCAAACCACAGGCUUCUUCACUUUAGCAUUGUGUUCUCGCAAAAUUGAUAACAGUAGAAUAGGUUCCACUGACAUCUUUCUUUCUUUCUUUCUUUCUUUCUUUCUUUCUUUCCCUCCAGGAUAUAGGAAGCUUCUUGCAGAGGUAAGUGAUGGGAAACCCCUGCCUUAUUCUGAUGCUAUGAAUUUUGCUGUUUAACAGGUGAGAAACUCACUCUCCACUUCUUCAUUCCAGAGAUAAUUUAGGACUCCAUUGUCCAUUUUCACAAAAUCACAGACAAAAAUAGGGACACAUUUUUGUGGUAGCUAUUGAUCCCAUCUACACUCACAGAAGCUUUUUACUUUCUUACAUUCCCACCACAUAUGAUAAAAAGUUCCUUCUUUUUCUUUACAUUUCCAACAUUUAUUACUUGUCUUAUACAGUGGAGCCCCGCAAGACGAAUGCCUCGCAAGACGAAAAACUCGCUAGACGAAAGGGUUUUGCGGUUUUUGAGCUGCUUCGCAAGACGAAUUUCCCUAUGGGCUUGCUUCGCAAGACGAAAACGUCUUGCGUUUUUUGCAAGUUUGUUUCCUUUUUCUUAACACCGUUAAUACAGUUGCGACUCGACUUCGAGGAGCAACUCAUAGAACGCGGUGUGGUAGCCUUUUAUGAGGUUUUUGAAGACUUUGGUGAUUUUUGAAGCUUUUCCAAAACUUUUCCGACACUGUGCUUCGCAAGACAAAAAAUUCGCUAGACGAAAAAACUUGCGGAACGAAUUAAUUUCGUCUUGCGAGGCACCACUGUACAUUUUAGCUAAUUUCACGGGAGUAAUAUACCACCUAUACAUCAUUUUCAUCACAUUCUCUUUCAGAGCAUUACAUGCUGUAAAUUUUAUUCUUUCUUUCCACAAGCUCUUUCAUUCUUUUAGCUGUAUAUUAUAUCCAAAAUCUUUGGCCCAGUGUAUCAUAACCGAUUUUACUUCAUCUUUCAAAUGCCAUUCCAGCAGCGCAAAAGCCAUUCUAAAGCUUCCUGAUUUUCCUUAUGUUUCAGAAAUGCACAUACCAGAUCAAUAUGUUUUGCUCAUUGAUCACUUGAAAUGCUUCACUAAAACUGGUGUAGUCCUAAAAUCUCCACAUAAGGACCAGUGUUGCUCACUUUCCUAAAAAAAAUAAUUUGAAGGUAAAGAAGCUGAUCUAUGCAAUCUCAAAUUCCUAUAUUUCCUAAAGCAUAUUAUGGAAGCAGGUGUGUGUCGGUUUUCCUUCAGCUUGUUAGGUGCUCUCUAGAUGCUCCCUUUUGCCAUUGGAAAAACCCUGCUCCCAAGUCUUCAGGAUAUAUCCAUCAUGUCGUUUCAUCAGGAUGAGACAACUGUCUUCUCAGAAAGCUCCUUGCAUUGGAAGGAUGGUGGCUUGACUUUGUUCUUCUCCUCCCAGGUCUCAGGAGAAGGAGAACUUAGAGGAUCCUCCUGUGGCUUUUCCUCCUGCCCUGAAGUGGAGGAUCUGGGACUUCUGUGAUAUGAAUCCCUUCCUGGAGGGAGUCAUGGAAAAAUUCAGAGGUAGCAAAGAAGGGCUGAAAGUAUUUUAUACUGGAUGUUUAGAAGUGUUCAUGAAAGGCUCCAGGUCAUAUGGAAUAUUAGCCAUGCCAGGAAAAUGGACGGUUUAUUUGAUUAUUCUUUUUCAACAUCUAGAAGCCACACUUUCAUAUGUAGAUGAUUCACAACUGAUUUUACUUAUGCAGUUGAAAGGGGACGGUAAACCCUUCUUGCUGGUCUCUGGAAUCUCUCCAGCUGGCGUGGCCAGUGGUUAGGGAUGAUGGGACUUGUAGUCCACACACAUGGCUACAAUCUCAUGAGCUCAUACUGUUCUUUCCAGGUUUGUUAUCUGCAUGAUGGUGGGAUGCUAAAUAUCUGCUCCCUUUUCUCUUCCAGACACUGUGGAAUAUGGACUUCAGCUGCAAAAAGGUACAUGUAAUAAUAAUAAUAAUUUAUUAUUUAUAUCCUGCCCAUCUGGCUGGGUUUUCCCAGCCAUUUCCCCAGGCACAAAUUCGGGAGAGAUGGGAUCCACUUAUCAAAAGACCAGGCCACCGCAGCUCUUCCAUCCAUGCCAUAUUUCCCCUUAUUUUCCAGAGGCAUCUGUUCCGUGAGAGCAGCAUGAUGGGCUAGAUGGGCCCUUGGCCUGAUCCUGCAGACUCUUAGGAAGCCCCCAGCCCAGGAUGGCUGGCUUUUCUGUGCCCAAUCUCCAUAAGACACAGGGGUGGUGUGAAGCCAAAGGCUCCCGGCACAUGAGGGGGAAAUAUCCCUUUGAGCCAUACAAGAUCCCAAUCCCUUUUAGGAGAGCUUAUGUAAGAGUAAGGUUUACUCAUACAUAGGAAAUGCAUGAACAGAAAUAGCUCAGAAAAUGGCUGCAACAACCUUUGGGUACAAGAAGGUAAAUGGGUGUCAGUGGUAGGAGCUGGGGGCUGCCUGACUGUGAACUCCAGUGGUCCAGCUUCCCUGCAAGAUGGGGGUCUUCAGUCAGCGUAUUGUAUUGUAUUGUAUUGUAUUGUAUUGUAUUGUAUUGUAUGACUUCUCUGCUGCAACAUGAUGGCGGACUAGAGAAACCUGAGUAAACUUAAAAGAGCAGGACAGAAUUGCACCACAGACCAGGGGAAAAGGCUCAAUGGGAAGACAAAAGUCCAGUCUGGCCUGAUCCUGAAAACCACAAAAAGGGAUUCAUAAGAGCUGGAAAAGGUGCAGCAGAUGGAAGCAUAAAGGAAACUCCUACUUAUCUUUAAAAGUACAUUCUGUGAUUCAUUUAGAAAACAGUAAGUAAAAUACAUAAAGGCUAACCAGUACAACAAUAAACUAGAAAAAACCAUUACAUUUAACAAUUUUUUUUACUAAUAGCAGCACUCGCAACAUCCAAUAUCCCAUAUAAUUUCCAAAGGCCACUGUACAAAUGUGUGUCUUUAAAAAGAAAUUGCUUCACAAACUUUCCGUAACGUGGGGAGCAGGUGAGAGGACUGCAGAGCAGAUCUUCUUUCUAAUGUCCACAAGCCUGACCAGUUUUUAAAUGGACUUCUUAUUGUGCUUCCACUGCCCACUUUUUCCAUAAAUGUGAGGAGCAGUGAAAAAAAUGAAUUGUCAUAUAGCCAAUCAGGCCUGGGGAACCAGGAUGGGGUCUUUGUGUUCAAGGUGACAGGUGGGAAUGGCACUUCCUAGGUUUUAUAAAUCUUGCCUUUCAUCUUGAGAUUGCAGCAAUAAAUGCAUUAACACAAUUCAUAGAAAAAGAAAGCCAUUCAUAUCAACGAUGUAAUAGUUGUCAAUUUAAAAGCUCCGCUUUAACCAAACCAUAAGAGAUAAUCAAGUUUGUUCUUGGCUGACUUCUCAUGCUUUGCCUGGGGGAAACAGACCAAAGGCCCACACUGCAGAACAUGGAAGGGAGUCCCUCAGAAGGUGGCGGACGCUCCUUCCUUGGAGGUUUUUAAGCAGAGGUUAGGUGGCCCCCUGUCGUGGAUGCUUUAGUUGGGAUCCCUGCAUUGCAGGGGGUUGGACUACAUGACCCUUGGGGUCCCUUGCAGCUCUACAAUUUUACAAUGCGCUUUCAAGAAUCCCAAGAAAGACAUUUCACACAAGGGGGUCAGGGUAGCCUAACCACUUUCUUGCUUUUCAUAAACUCUCUGGAAGGAUGGUCUAUAAUAUAAUGUUAAAUAUAUAACUGAAACUUGAAUGGUGGUUACAAGGAGGGUGAGAGCACCUGCUACCAGUUUUACCUGACCUGUCAAGCAUGGUCUGUCAUGUGAUGUGAGGUAAAAGAUUAAGAUGUGAAUUAGAGUCCCUGCUUUAACUCCCUUCUGCCAUGAAUGGUGGGGGUGGGGGUGGCCUUAGACAAGCCACUGUCUCUCAGCCUCAGUCCUACCAUCUGAAAAAUGGGCAUGCUAAGAUUGACUUAACUUACAGGGUCAGGUUCUAUAUAGAUAAUGUGUGAACCCUUGAAAGAACUGCAAAUGUUUCAAGAAUCCUUAUUAAGAACUUGAUGAACAUACCUCUCUCAAAUGCAGAGCCAUGGAGUCCCUGUUCAUUUCAGAGGGGAUGCUGUUUCUGUCAUGUGCCUAAAAAAGAGUCAGCUUCCCCGUUGACGUCGUUUCUCUUCUCUUUCCUCAUCUGCCCCCACAGAAAACAUAACUUUGGAUCCAGACACAGCAAAUCCCUACCUCAUCCUGUCCAAGGACCGAAAGAGAGUGAGAAAGGGAGAAGUCUAUCAAGACCUGCCGGACAACCCUGAGAGAUUUGACACACUAACCUAUGUGCUGGGAUGUGAGGGUUUCACAGCAGGCCGACAUUUCUGGGAGGUCAUUGUGAGAAGAGAGGAAGGGUGGGGGGUGGGGGUGGCCAGAAAGUCUGUGAAGAGGAAGGGUGUUUUCUCUUUUGGUCCUAGGGAAGGGAUCUGGGGUUGGAUCUGGGGCUUGGGGAAGUGGGGCAAUGCGUACAGGUUAUUCUCCCCCCAUGAGUACCCUCUUCCAAGUGAGGAGCCCAAGAGGAUCCGAGUGGCCCUGAACUGUGAAGGGAGACGGGUGUCCUUUUACGAUGCAGACACGGCAGUCCUCCUCUACACAUUCCUGGCAGCCUCCUUCUCAGGAGAGACCCUCCAGCCCUUCUUUUACAUAAGCAGGAAAGCGAAGCUGAGACUCUAUUGA